AAAUAAAUUGAGAUAAAACCCAUUCCUAUAAAAUUGGGAGUUCACUCCACAUCACCAACAAGUAAGAAGAGAGACCAAAAAUCAUGGAGGAUAUCAGAGCACGCGCCGCCGCCACGGCCUUGCCUCUAAACUCCCAACACAUUUCUCGACGCGCCACCACCUUUAACCGCUUAUUCGCCGCCAUUUACAGCGGCGCUAUUUUGGCUUUGUUUUACCAUCACAUGGCUUCACUUCUCAAACCCACCUCUUUGGGUUCCUUCUUCGUCUCUGUUUCCCUGUUCAUCUCCGACAUCAUUUUGGCCUUCAUGUGGGUCAACGCUCAAUCCUACCGGAUGAAUCCACUCCACCGCCGUGAGUACCCCGGAAACCUGAAAGAAUCACUAAACAAAGAAUCAGAUUUUCCGGCGUUGGAUGUGUUUAUUUGCACGGCGGAUCCAUACAAGGAGCCGCCGAUUAACGUAGUCAACACGGCUCUGUCCGUCAUGGCCUAUGACUACCCGACAUGUAAGAUCUCAGUGUAUGUGUCGGACGACGGCGGCUCCGCCCUGACGCUCUUCGCUUUUAUGGAGGCGGCUAGGUUCGCCGCCGAGUGGUUGCCGUUUUGCAGGAAAAACGGCGUCGUAGAAAGGAAUCCCGAUGCCUUCUUCACGUCCAACAACGAUUGGAGCUCCGAAACGGACAAGAUGAAGGAAAUUUAUGAGAAAAUGAAAAUGAAAGUAGAAAAUGUUGUGAAGAAAGGGAAGGUUGGAGAUGAGUUGAUGAAUGGAGAAGAAGAGCUUAUGGCUCUCAAUCAAUGGACCACGUCCUUUACUCCUAAACGUCAUCCCUCUCUUAUUAAGGUACUCUUAGAGAGCGCUAAAAGUAAAGAUGUUAGUGGAGAGUCGUUACCGAAUCUCAUCUAUGUUUCGAGGCAAAAAAGUGAAUCUUCUCCACACCAUUUCAAGGCUGGUGCUCUCAAUACUCUGCUGCGAGUAUCCGCUACAAUGACCAAUGCACCAAUUAUUGUAACUUUGGACUGUGACAACUAUUCCAACGACCCACAAACACCUCUUCGAGUCUUAUGUUACUUCCUCGACCCAAAACUUGCAACCACCUGUGGCUACGUUCAGUUCCCUCAACGUUUUAAUGGAGUGAGCAAGAAUGACAUCUAUGCCGGCGAGUUAAAGCGCUUAUUCAUUAUCAAUUCAAUCGGUAUGGAUGGGCUAUUAGGCGCAAAUUACGUCGGCACCGGCUGUUUUUUUGUCCGAAGGAUUUUCUUUGGAGGCCCAUCUUCAUUCCAAUCACCUGAACUCUCCCAACUUGCCCCAAAUCAUGUUGUCGAAAAGCCCAUUAAAUCUCCACAAAUCUUGGAAUUGGCCCAUCGAGUUGCGGGGUGUGAUUAUGAGACCAACACCCAGUGGGGUUACAAGUUGGGGUUCAAAUACGGGUCUCUAGUCGAGGACUAUUUCUCGGGCUUUCGAUUCCAAUCCGAGGGGUGGAAGAGCGUAUUCUGUAAUCCAAAGAGGGCGGCUUUCUAUGGCGACGUCCCCAUCAGCCUCCCCGACGUGCUGAAUCAAGUCAAGAGAUGGGCCGUUGGGCUUCUGGAGGUUGGUUUCUCAAAGUACAGCCCAAUUACAUUUGGUGUAAGGUCCAUGGGCCUUUUAAUGGGCCUGUCGUACGCCCAUUAUGCAUUCUGGCCCUUAUGGUCCAUUCCGGUUACGGUUUAUGGCUUCCUCCCCCAGCUUGCCCUCAUCAAUGGCGCCGCCAUCUUCCCAAAUGUAUGGGAUCCAUGGUUUGCAGUAUACGUGUUCCUGUUCGUUGGGGCUUAUGGUCAGGACCUUCUGGACUUCGUUGUUGCGGGAGGGACGUUCCGAAAAUGGUGGAAUGAUCAAAGAAUGUGGAGCUUAAGGGCGCUGUCUUGUUUAUUGUUUGGAACCAUGGAGUUCGUGUUGCAAUCUGUGGGGUUUUCGAAUUUCGGGUUCAAUGUUACCAGUAAAGUAAUGGAUCCUGAACAGAGCAAGAGGUACGAGGAGGAGUUGUUUGAGUUUGGAGUUUUCUCGCCUAUGUUCGUGCCCAUAGCCACGGUUGCAAUCGUGAAUUUGGCUGGUGGGGUCAUCGGAAUUUGGAGAUUGUGCGGCGGCGGCGGGUCGGAAGAAAUGUUGCCUCAGAUGAUUGUGGUCGGAUUUGUAGUGGCUAAUUGCUGGCCGGUUUAUGAGGCCAUGGGUUUGAGGAAGGACGCAGGGAAGAUGCCACCCAAAAUCACUUUCUUGUCUGUGUUUCUUGCUUUGUUUCUUUUCUGGUUUGGUGCUUUGUUUUGUUAACAAAUGUUUUAUAUUUUUCUACUUCACUCCGUAUAUGACUUUUGGAUAUGAC